GGAAAUGCUAUUGUAACUUCUCUAAUUUAAAAAUAAAAAUCUACUAAUUCGAGCUUUGACAAAUAAAAUUCAUGAAUUGGAAUAUAAUCAAAAAUCGAAUUAAACAUAUGUGUAUGGAAAUAAUGAAGAUUUGACCGUUGCAGGUUAACAGUUUUUGGAAUUUUAUUUUUAUGACUACAUGUUGCUUCAAGGGUAUUAUUCACUUUUAGCCUUUAGAUACCCCAACCAGUUAUCAUACUUUAAAAAGCCAAAUGAUAUUAUUUAAUUAAGGUAGAGGUUGAUAAACGAUCAAAACUUGGCAGAAAUCGGGUAUCAAUUGAAUCUUUAAAAUUUUUUGAAAGUUGGCAACCAAAUUCAAUUAAAGUAAUGCAAUUGUAUAUAAUUUAGAACUAAUUAAAAAGUAUUGGCUGACACAAUCAAGGCCUUGAUCAUAGCACAAUAUUAUGAUAAGUAUUAGGACUUGGAAUCUUUAAGAGACCUUCUGUAUCCUGUGAUGGAAUUCUUAAUAAAUAAGUAGGCUAUAAUAAAAUAUCUUGGGUAGAGUGUAGCAGGAAUAAAUUCUCCAAACGUAAUACAAUCCAAAGUCUAGUUUUAUUGAAUAUUUAACAACAAUUAAGGAAGAAAUUGAAGUGUUGCCCAAAAUGAUAGUUGAGUGGAAAAAGAAUCAGAAAAACAACAAUUAGUCAGUGUUUUUAAUUUAGCUUGAAUUAGAUAUUUAGAGUAAAAUUUAGGCUGAAAUUUAUCAAUUGAAAAUAGAGAAGCAAGGAAUUAGUAAGAAAAUCACGGAGUAGCAAGUUUAUUUAGAGGCUUUGCAAGAUUUAAAACGAUGGCUGUCAACUCAUCACUAAAAUUAAAGUUAGUAAGUAGAGCUAUAAUUGGAACAAUAAAUUAAUCUCUCGACUACUUUAGAUUCAAAGCAAUUCAAUAACAUAAAUACUACUGUUUAUGAAUUUGCAGAUUAGCUAGAUAAUGAGGAAAACUAAACAGAAUUUUAUGAUUAAUUAUCAUAAAUGUUAAUUUAAAUGGCAGGGAAGAAUGAAUUAUGA